UUUUAACAUUAAUAUUGUCAAAAUUAAGAUUAUAAGAAUUCUUACAUCCCUUGUAACGCUAUUUUCCUUAGAGAAGCCCACUUUGAUUGAUGGCCCACGCGGUAAGAACGCUGUCAUUUCUGAUGUAAACAAAUCUCAAGGAAUAAUUGAUUCGAAUUGAGAUUCAGGCAACAACUAAAAACAAAGAUAGCAAUGUCUGUCAUACAUUUUGCAUACAUUAUAUUUUUAAUGUUGUACAUGGGUAAAGCUUGUACUAAAGUCUUAGAUCCCAAUGAAAUGGUUAUUGUGAUAUUAAGUCAACAAGAAGGUUAUCACAUAGCGCAUGCUGAUAUGUUGAGGAGAAGUAUCCUUGAACAGGCUGACAUUCUUGAUAAAGAUCCCCCUGAAAUUGUAUUAUCUCACGAGUUGAAUGUCAAUGGAUCUUGGACAAUAAUACCAUUACUGGAAUAUUUGUCAAGCACAUACGCAACUUCAAAAUGGUUCCUCUUUUGUCUGGAGAAUACUGUAAUUAGAUUAAGCAAAUUGCUGGCUAUUCUUUCUAAAUUCAAUGAGAGUAAAAAUUUAUGGAUCGGUCAUGCAUUGUAUGAUCAUGAACCAACCAUUAUACACCAUUUCGCGGAACAUAAUAAAAAGUUUAAAUAUCCGCAUGUAGCUUCGGGUUUUGCUAUAACGAUAACAUUAUUAACGAGUUUAGUACAAAAGAUGAUCGAAGGUGAAAGACCAAAAGAUGAUUUUUCAAUAGACGCAUCUUACGAAUUUGCAUCUUUUGUUCUGAAAGUUGAUAGAGGGGUACGCCUGACACACGUAUCUGAAAUAUGUAUUGUAUCUAGCUCUGAUUGCGCAACGUAUCCGAGAUUUUUUCAUGCAUGCGGUUCGUCUGUACUAUCCGAGAACGUAUAUUUUGCUGUAAAAACCUGUGCAAAGUAUCAUGUUGAGAGGAUUCCUGUGAUUAGAAAAACAUGGGCAGAAUAUACUACAAAUAUUGGUUACUAUAGCGAUGUUGCUGAUAAAUAUCUUCCUGAAGCGUUUGUUGUACCAAAUACUACACAGGGACACUGUGAAAAGACUUAUAAUAUUUUGAUAGAAGCUGAUAAAAUAUUGAAGAAGCGCAAUUUAAAUUGGUUAGUGAUCAGUGAUGAUGAUACAAUUUUUAGCGUGGCACGCUUGUUACGAUUGUUAACGUGCUAUAAUUCAAACACUCCUAUCGCUAUUGGAGAACGAUACGGUUUUCGAAUCUGGGAUAGUUUUUAUGGGUAUGACUACUUAACGGGUGGAGCUGGAGUUGUUUUGUCUGCGCCUUUAGUUCAUGAAAUGAUUCAGUCUGGUAAAUGCAGAUGUCCAUCAGCCACCACACCGGAUGAUAUGUAUUUAUUUGGUAUAUGUUUAGCACAAAUUGGAGCUAACCCUAUUCAUUCGUCAUUAUUCCAUCAAGCACGUCCUACCGAUUAUGCAACUGCGUAUCUUGCUUCGCAAGAGCCUGUGUCGUUCCAUAAAUUCUGGAUGAUUGACCCAUACACGGUUUACGAUGAAUGGUUUGCCGAAGCAGACAAGUCAUUGAUCACAGUUAAAAAACAUACAGAACUUUAACAUUAGUACGAUCCAUCGACUAUCUUACAGAGAACAUCAGUGCGAUAAUAAUGCAGAAAAUUUAAAAUCUGUCGUCGAAGAGAUCGUCGAAGAAAUCAUUGAACGCUCGAAUUGUAUCGUUUUUGUUACCGAUUCUGUUUACCAGACACUGGUGAAUAUUAAGU